AUGAAAAAAGACAAACGUAGGUCGAACGUUGAAGAAAUUCGCACCCAGUUUAAAACCGUUGAUAUUGAGUUAAAAGACGGCGUUUUUACUUUUACCAGUCCUCUCACGAUCGGUGAAUUUGCCGCCAAAAUUGGUAAGUCGCCCAACCAAAUCAUUAACCAUUACUUUAAACUUGGCAAACUUUACAACAUUAACCACAUGCUAACCGAAGAGCAAAUCGCCGAGCUUUGUUUAGAGUACGGCUACGACUUUAGCAAGCAAGAGCAGGUGACCGCUUCUAAUUUCAUGGAAGUGCUGGAAAUCAAAGACGAUCCCAAAGAUCUCAAACCGCGACCACCGAUCGUAGUUAUCAUGGGUCACGUUGACCACGGCAAAACUACUUUGCUCGAUAAAAUUCGCAACACCCAAGUUACCGCCAGCGAAGCGGGCGGCAUUACCCAGCACAUCGGCGCUUACCAAGUUGAGCAUGAAGGUCAAAAAAUUACUUUCAUUGACACGCCGGGUCACGAAGCUUUCACGGCCAUGCGUGCCCGCGGCGCGAAAGUAACUGACAUCGUCGUUUUAGUGGUGGCUGCCGACGACGGAGUCAUGCCCCAAACGCGGGAAGCAAUCGACCACGCCCGAGCCGCUAAAGUGGCAAUCAUCGUUUUUGUUAACAAAAUUGAUAAGCCUGGCGUUGACCUAGAGAAAGUUAAACGUGAAUUAUCCAAGGAAAACGUGACGGCCGAAGAUUGGGGCGGUGACGUGCAGUUUGUUUACGGAUCAGGCUUAACCGGGCAAGGGAUCGAAGAGCUUUUCAAGGCGAUUAGUUUGCAGGCGGAAAUGUUGGAGUUAAAGGCUAACCCCGACCGGUUCGCGCUCGGAACAGUGAUUGAAUCCAAAGUUGACAAAGGUCGCGGCACGAUCGCAACGCUAAUUGUCCAAAACGGUUCACUCCACAAAGGCGACUUUGUGGUGGCUGGUUUUCACUACGGUCGCAUUCGUAUGAUGCUUGAUCCAAACGGAGAAGCGGUAAAAGUCGCUUUGCCGGGAACGCCAGUCUUGAUCACCGGUCUUAAUUAUUCGCCCCGGGCGGGCGACCGUUUUUUCGCCUUUAAAGACGAAAAGUUUGCCAAGAACUUAGCCGAGCAAAAACGCCAAGAAGACCGCGCUCAGGAGUUAAAAGAACGUAUUCCGCUCCAAGUCAAGGAGGGCGUGAAAGUUUUAAACGUGAUCAUUAAGUCGGAUGUGCAAGGUUCGGCCCAAGCGAUCAAACAAACACUGAGCAAAAUUGAAAACGAAGAAGUUAAAGUUAACGUGGUUCGUUCGUCGGUUGGGCAAAUUAGCAAAUCCGAUAUUUUGCUAGCUCAAGCUUCGCAAGCGACGAUUUUUUCCUUUAAUAUCCGACCUUCAAACGACAUUAAGCAAAUCGCUGCCCAGGAAAAAGUGACCAUUCGUCCCCACACGGUUAUUUACCAAAUUGUUGAGGACGUCCAAACGAUUUUGAAAGGGAUGAUGGCGCCUAAGUUCACCGAGAAAGUUACCGGUGAAGCCCAAAUUUUAAAGGUGAUAUACUCUUCCAAAAUCGGCAACAUCGCCGGCUGCAAAGUGACAGACGGAGUGAUUAAGUCUCAGAGCAAAGUGCGGCUGUUACGGGAAGGUAAAAUCGUGGCAAACACCGAACUUGAUUCGCUCCAGCGCGGCCAAGACGCGGUUCGUAAAGUCGAAAAAGGUUUUGAGUGCGGUGCUCAUCUCGCCAAUUACAACGACAUCAAAGUUGACGACGUGAUCCAAGCUUACGAACAAGUUGAAGUCGAGAGUUAG